AUGAUUAUUCCCAUCAGAUGCUUUACAUGCGGCAAAGUUGUGGGCGACAAAUGGGAGUCUUAUAUUGUUCUACUCCAAGCAGAGUACGCCGAGGGUGAUGCCUUGGAUACACUUGGUCUCCGACGUUACUGUUGCCGGCGAAUGAUCCUCUCCCACGUAGACCUUAUCGAGAAACUUCUCAACUAUGCACCCCUUCAAAAAUAA